AUGGAUUUGGAAAGUUCAAACGCCUCUUCCGUUUUAGACCCGCCAGCAGUGUCUCAUGAGAGCUGCAAUAACAGCAGCAGGACUGGUGGUGGUGCAGGCGCGGGGUUGACCAGCAAUCAAGGCAGCUCCCCUGCAGCUUUCACACACAAACCCGAGGAAGCCUUGGAGGGCAUUACUCUUUCUGCCGCAGAGGCAGAGGGUUGGGUGCAGCCGAGUAGCACCAGUUACUUGGCCACUCAAGGUGCGGCAGCCGGGCCUUCUAAUGCCCAAACGAGCUGCGAGUUCGUGAGCCUUCCUUCCCAAAGUAAUUCCAGCAGCAAAGCCAUUCUGAUGCAGCAGGGACAGGGCGUUGGGCCUGCCAUGGACUCCGCCGUGGCAUCAGAAGAUGCGUCUGACGACUUAGGGGGUUCAUUUACGGUUAUCAAUGCUCUUAAAAGGGAGGUAUUCGCAACUUCCGCACUUUUGCGAGCUUUGCGCAUGCACGCCGUCUCACAGACGCGUGGGCUUUCAGCAGCAUCUCAGCAGCAGCUCGCUGCAGCUGUUGCCCCUCUGGUGAAAUCUUUUGAGCUGCUAAAUGAAAGGCUGGCUGCGGCAGAAGCAGCAAAAGAGCCUCCCCCAGCAGAGUUACAGGAGCAGCAUAUUCACCCUUUUCUUUUCGUGCUUGCACAGCAGCAGCUGCAACACAAGCAAUUACAAAGUCUCAACAAACAGCAACAAAUCCUGCAUCAAAGCUGCAUGCGGGCUUUAGCGUCUGCAGUACUGCGAUCCCUUGAUCAGUUGUUAACUGUGGGACUUCUUCGCUGCCGCAGCGCGGCAGGGCGUCGGUGUUUGCACGCUCUGGUCUUGUCUUUAAGAAACUGUGCUUUGCAGGCAACCCACCGGCUACAGUCGGCUCCGACGCAGCCCUCUGCAGCCAAUGCAACUGCCGCUGCUGCUGCAGUUCUAGGAUCCGAGGCCUACGGAGGCAGUUAUUUCGCUCCUGCAUCGCCUGCUGCCGAGGAGGAGCUGCUGCUGCUCCAGUGCCUAGACCUUCUCAGCAGUUCGCUCCUUGGCCCUGCGGGACAUGUCUUCUCCGACGCUUGUGUCGCGAGCACAGUUCAGUGUUGCGUGGCCGUCAGCCUGUCACAUCGCGCCAGCCCUCUGCUGAGAAAUGCGGCGGCCUCGCGUGCUGUCGCCAUCACACGCCAUCUAUUUGCUUCAGAAAGUCUUAUUUCGCUUUCGCAUCGGCAAGGGCAGCUUCAUGAAGGAGUGGAAACGCAGCAUCAGACAGGAAACACCGAUGACCAGCACGAGGAGCGGCGGGAAGAACACCAGCAACGGCAACAGCAGCAGCAUGCUUCACCUCCACCGCAUUUCAUUGCUCGUCUGGAAUCUGCAAUGUCUAUCAGGUCCACAGACACCGCAUGCUGCCCUACACGGUAUUCAGCAAUGAAGGGCUAUGGGCUAGAAUGCCGUCUGAGAAUCCUAGCGCUCGUUGCUAGGCUGCUGUCGCACGAAAGGUCUCAAGUAUCGUCGAACAACUCAGGGAACAGCAGCAGCAACAGCAGCAUGGGCAACGCGAGCGUUGGCUCUGUAGGGGGCAAAACUGACGCUACUCUUCCCCCAUUCGUUUCAGUUGCUGAUUCAGGCUCCCCACAUGUAACAUCAGAGGGGUCUGGUGAUGCGAAGGGGGAUGUGUCCGGGAAACGUAAUCGAUCUGAAGAGCCUCUGCGUGCCUCCGAUACUUCAGUGCCAGCAGCGGCAGCGGCAGUUGCCGCCGCUGCUGGCAAUCAACACGCAUGUGCCUCAUCCUUGGGAGACAAGGGCUCGCGGCUGGGGGCCUUUAGUGGUAUUGACCGGGAGUUUGAGAGCCUUCUGGGGCACCAUGGAAAAGACAGGGCAGCAAAUAUGGAAGCUAGAGUGCUGUGCCUUCGCUUGCUUUGCGUUGGGCUUGAGGCUGGAAGGGACAGUCUUUCUCUUUUCCCCAAAUUGUUGCAGCCACUUCAGACGCAGAUCUUGCCGCUCGUUCUUCAGCAGGACACCCGUUCGACGCCUCUUAUGCUGCUCUCUCUUACGCUGAGGGUAGUGGGUGACUUCAUUGCCUUCCUGCGGCCGUACAUCAAAGAUGAGAUAGAGAGAUGUCUGUAUCAACUCCUCAGGCUGUCAACCACCUACCAUGGGGGCCCGUCUAAGACAUUAGCAGCGGAAGCACAAGAGGUAGCGCUGGACAUGUUGCGGGAACUGUGCAGCGACGCGUCGUUUGGUUUCGAGCUGAUGCUGAACUACGACGGCGACAUCCGCCGCUCGAAUGUGUUUGGGGUCUUGGUCACGCUGUUGCUCCAGCUAGCAGCUCCCCGUGUCCCCUCCCUAAGAGGCGCUUACCGCCUUGCAGAAUGUGACGUUGGAGGAGGCCAGGGCAUCCUGGGGCUUUCGGGGAUUCCUCUAUCUCAGGCAGCUGUGGGGCCGGCGGCCACUGCUUCGGAAGCAUAUACAGCUAGAACUCCGACGCAGCAGCAGUCUCCUUCGGGUUAUUCGCCUUCCUCUGUUAGCACCACGACGGCCGCGGAGAGCAAUAAGUCUCACCACCAUGGCGCCUUUCACCUGAGAAGGGCCCCUACGAGGUCGCCUUUGAAGGCUUCGCGAUCUUCCGCAGACACCAACACGGCGGCAGCAACGGAGAACUUAGUUACAGAUGCGGCUGGAGUUAUGCGCCCCGCAGGCCUGUCGAAUGUUAACCGCUUGGCUCUUGCUGCCGUCCUUCGUCUUAUUUCUUCUCUAGCUUCUCUUUGCGAUAGUAUGCAGCACAGCAGCAUUCCAGAGCAGGAGGAGGAGGAGGGAAAGGACUUUCAUCUUGACAAGGCCCAACUCGACCGCGAGUCUGCAGCUGCGUACUUCUUGCGUGUCCAGGAUAUGCAGCUGCUUUCCAAGAGACGGAAGCACAAGACUCUAUUGUCAUAUGGAGCUUCAAUCUUUAACUCUAACUCGAAGGAGGCGAUUUCUCAACUGGAGGGCCUAGGGCUUCUCCCGACGCCAGCAACGCCAAGGAGCACGGCUCUUUUCCUGAAAGAGACCGGAGGCCUUGAUCUGCGAGCAGUUGGUCUUUACCUUAGUGCCAACAAGCCAUGGAAUGCUCAAGUUUUGCGCGAAUUCGUUUCGCUGUUCUCGUUCACUGGUGUUGGUCUUGUUGCUGCAUUGCGAGACUUUCUGAGGUCAUUUCGUUUGCCUGGGGAGUCGCAGCAGAUUGAGCGCGUGAUGGAGGCAUUCGCCGACGAGUUCUUUCGCCAACAACCGCUGGUCAAUUGCCCCCACAACAAGGAGAAACUUGCAGUAGUCAAUUCAGAAGGUGCGGGGACAACCACGGUAGCAACAGCAGCAACAACAGCAACGGAGUCGCCGGCGUCAGCUGAAGCCAAUCCAUUUACUCGGCCAGCAGCAGCAGCGGAGCCACAGGAACUCUCUCUAUGGCGCUGGGUGGCCGAUGAGGGGUCUUACUCUUUAUUGCGUGCUGCGGCCGUGAGAGAAGGGGCGGUAGAUAAGUGUCGACAGAGGAGCAGUGAAGACCUUGCCCGGCAGCUCGCAGAGUUCACUCCUACUCAGCCACCUCCUGGUUACGUGCUCAUGGUGCAUAAGGAUACGGUGUUUGUCCUAUCGUAUUCCAUUAUCAUGCUGAACACAGACCAGCACAACUCGCAAGUCCGCAGUAGGAUGCGAGUGGAGGACUUCGUCAAGAACAAUCGAGGCAUCAACAACGGAUCCGAUUUGCCCGCAUUCUUCCUCCAAAACAUAUACGUUUCCAUCAGACAUCAGGAGAUCAAGCUGAAAGAGGCCCCGCUGACAAGUUCCCAGCCAACGGCUGCACACGGGCAAAAGGCCGAUGCGGCAGCCAAAGAACAGCAGCAGCAGCAGUCGCUACCCGAUAUUUUUGACGUACUUGCAGACGGGUGGACUCCUCCGGAAGGUGCUGGAUUGGGCUGGGGGGCCUUUGCGUCUCCCUACAACGGCCCCAAGAGCGCUUUGGCAUCUGAGAGCGCGGGGGACUACCGCAUUGUGCUGAAACCCCGUACCUCUCGAGCGAUGGAAAGCAGCAAUACAAGGGGUUCUGAUGCAUGCGCAGUCAGGGCAGACGCCCGUGAUCUACAGGGACUGGCGAUGGAGAUGUUUCAUAUCCUGUGGAAUGGGGGCAUUCUUGCCGUGCUCAGGGGGGCUUUCGAAGCAUCACUUGAUCUGCGGCAGUUGGAAGAAAUACUAUGCGGGGUUCUGUCUUUGGCUCGAGCUGCUACGGUCCUUGGUCAGGUUGUCGCCCUAAACACGAUUGUAGCGGAGUUGUGCAGCUACUUCGUCUAUUCUGUUCCCGCGCACUCUCAGCUGGUGUUGGCACCCAUUAUGUACCUUAUUCGCCGCUCUGGAGCCUCUUUCAGAGAGGAAGGUUGGGGGGCAGUUCUGGAGCUGCUGCUUCGGCUGCAUGCACUCGACCUGCUGCCGCCAGCCCUAAUGGGCCUAGACGACUUUGAAGGAUCAGGAGGCGCAGCUCUCCCUUCUCUUUGUACCUUGGCGCCACCUCCGUUCGUGCCUCCGGCCUCGCGAAAAGACAGAGGGACGGGGAAAAAGGGCGGUGGGUGGCUCGGGGAUCUCACGUCCAUUUUAUUUGCCCUCGGGGACUCUGACGAUGAAAGUGAUGGAGACGACGGCAGCGGAGCCCAAGGCCAUAUGGUCGCGUGGUCGGAGGAGCUUAACUUCGCUUGUGACGGUUUGUAUGUGUUGAGAGCCUCUACGGACUUCACGCUGCUUCCAUCGACCAUGGCAGUGGCAGCGGUCUGCAGUUCUGAAGUGGAGACAGACCGUGACGUUUCUGAGGCUCUCCACGUGCAGCGUUCUUCCCAUCUCCAAAGGGAAUCGCUGGCUCUAAGCGGCGCUGUGGGACCCGAGCACCACCUGCCGAAGGGACCCAACGAACUACCACAGCGAGAGCGUCAGGCGCAGCAGCAGGAAGUUGCAGGGGCAGGUUCACCUUCCGCUUCCCCAGAGGAUGAGGAAGCUGCGGCCGCCAGAGCCCCCUACCUUCGCCUGAAGACGGUGUUGUCUCACGGCAUCCGCAUCGACGUGGCAGUGGCCGAGAUUUUCCGUCAGGUCGAACCGGUUUCGUCUCUGUCAACUGCAGUUGUGCUCCUCGUGCACAUUGUAUUGGGUUUUCCUCCUAUUCGUCAGAAUCCGGGCGCGUCUCCGGACUGUCCCCUACAGGCCCAGCAACCUCAGCAGCAACAGCAGCCCUCCGCCGAUGGUGCAACCUCGCUCAGUGGUAGCUCUGGUGAGGCAGUUGCAAGGGGAGCUGCAGGCAGCACCAGCGCAUCAUCCAGCGUGGCGUCGGGGCAGCUAUCCUCUGGGACACACCAUCAGGGGCCCCCUCCACUGCAGCCGCCUGAGGACCUGGGCUUGCCUUCGCUUCCGGGAGCUGAGCUUUCGAUGCUCUCUAGCUACCUAGUUGAUGCGCAGCGACAAGGCCUGGAUGAAGACAACUCUAGACGCAACAGCAGCGUUACCAGCAGCAUUAGCAGUUCGGCUGUCUCUACUCCGUCGGGGACAAAUGCGUCGGUGACUCAGUGUCCCGGACUUUCUUCGUACACCUUGCCUCCACCCGUAUGGUCUCCGUUGCGAGCCGGCGCUUCGCCUCAGCUGACGACUUACAGGGCUUACACAGAUCGGCUUUUCUGUUUGGAGUUGCUGGGGGCUCUAAUGCUGAGCGAACUAACGCCUGGGAGCCCCUCUCUUCGCCCUUCAAAGGUUUACGGGACGGCUCUCUUACAGAAUUGCCCUUGGCUGCUGUGCGCAGUGUAUCUGGACACCUUCUUGAGGCGCUACUCCAUAGGAACUGCUGCUGGGGGCGUGCCUAAUCCACUCGAGGUUGUAGGCCUAGCAGGGCCAAUACAUUCGAGGCAGCAACAGCAGGAGGCAGUAGCGGGGACUGACACGGAUAGGCCUUCCUGGGCCAUUGCUAUUUUGGAUGCAUGCAGCAAAGACCCUCUUGCGCAGGCUACCGUGAAGAGCGUGUGCAAUGUUUUCCAGUCAAUAGGUUCCCGCCGGCUCGUCGAGACCCCCACAAGUGCGUCGCUGCGCGUCUCCACUGCUUUUGUGUCUCUCUUGGUCUCGGGUUGCUUCUUUUGGGUCAUGCGCCUUUGCCUUUUGGCUGUGCGGUUGUUGCGUGCAGCUCUACCACACUGGGAGCUGCUGUUCAUCGAGCGACUGGUUGUGACUGUACUGAGGAUAUGCCUUCGUCUGCUCUCUGAUGAAGAUUCUUUGCUGCUUCCCGUGUACACAAAGAUAGGGGCGCCCCAACUUGGGGCCCCCAAUACGUAUGGCUGUACUCCUGCUUGCCAGGUCGCAAUACAUUUGCUUCAGCUUCUUACCCUUCUUCACCCCAACAUCUUCUGCAUGCACGUACAGCGUAUCUGCCAGUCUGCCACUAUCCUCGUCUCCAGGCUAAAUCUGAGAGCGUGCAGCAGCCCUCUCCUAAUCCAAGUCCUUCUGGCUCUAUAUCAGCGCCUUGUCCCUCUGCCUGCCUUCCUACCAACUGCGCCGUUGCCGCAGCACUUGACACAGCCGCAAUCUCAGCAGCAGCUUGCCCUGAGGAUCAUCGGUUCCCUGUCUGACUGGAUAAAGGACCCCGAGGCUUUAGCCUUACUUGUGCUGCAGCACCGCAACCACUACCAGAUGCUGCUACAGACCCUGAUGGCCGUGUGCAUUUAUGUACCGCCGUCUUCAUCUGUACAGAUACCAGGCCCUUCGUCUGUCGAGCGAAGGGCUGAGGGAGAGGCUCAGGACAACCAGCAGCCGCAGCCGAGCGUGAGCAGUGCCUCGUCCUACGAAGCCAAUUGCACAUCUUUGGCAUUGCUGGCGUCUUUACUUCCGGCAAUUGGUGAUGCGCUGAAGUCCAAGGGAGAGGCGGUUGCAGCAUGCCUCUCUGCUGCAGCAAACGGCGCUGCUAAUGCGAACGGCGAAGGCUCCUCCACAUGGAAAGCUCGUUUGGAUUGCCAGGCAAUGUGGCUUCAGGCCAUGCAAGUAGUAGCUAUUGUCUGCAGUUUCUCCGCACGACCCGUGAAGGUUAAAGCGCUGGCGGUCCUGCAGCAAAUGCUGAUCCGCUGCAGUACGAAGAAUUCGAGCUCCGAAGAAAGUAGAAGCCUUCUUGUCAGCGACAGAACUGUUAAUUCCGGAGGUGGUGCGGAGGGGCAAGACUGCACUACUGCGGCUGCUGCUGCACCAGCGGCCACUGUUGUAGCUGUUGCAGCAAACUACUGGGCUACGGCACCAGAAGACGCAUAUACUUGGAGACUUUGCUUACAAUUGGUUGUCUUCCCUCUCCUUAGCCUUCGAUUUGAGUAUCCGUACACGCCGCCGUCUCCAGGCGAUGCCCCUCCACCUCCUCCUCAGCAUCACCAGCAGCACGUGAACGGUCACAGUUUGGGAGAUUCCGUCUAUACCUUUUCAGCAGGGCACGACCAAGAAAACCAACUCCGCGAUCCCCACUUCGGUAUGCCUUGGAUGGCUCUACCGACAAGAAGAAGACUAACCCCCGAAGUUGCCAUAAGCACUCUGGGCCUCGACGAAGUGUACCAGAGAAAAGCAGCAGCAGCGAGUUUGGCAUGCCGUCUCUUCCUUACUAAGAUGGAACUCCUUCUGCAGCCGUUCAAAGUAAAGGGAAUUUAUGUGGACUUCGUGGCAGAGCCGUUGCCGCCUGUGGAUGAGUCGAAACUCCAGGGACUUCCAAGAGACCAUCCGGGGGGAAUAGAGGGACUUUUGCCUCCCCUGACUCAGCUGGUGCAGCUGCUCGUUACAGAAGCAAAGGUGCAAUCUGCCUUCUUGAGCACAUGCCAGCUGCAUGCCCCAGUGAUCUAUCGCGAUGCAUUUCUCGAGAGCAUGAAGAACACACUGCUGGUCGUCCUGACAUGCCCCUUCGUCGCAGCAAGCCCCAUACCGGCGGAUUUGAAGACGAGGAUAUCUCCAGCAUCUGUUCUUCCAGUUGUCUUUUCCCCGGAGCAGCAGCACCAGCAACAGCAGCAACAACGGCAAGAACACCAGCAAGAACAGCCGACCUCACAGAAAGGGGAAACCCAAGGGACUCCAAGGGAAACCGAAGUGACUCCAAACGCGGAUGAGGCUGCGCAGCUUGCAGCGAAGCAAGAAGCUUUGUUAGGGACGCUGUCUUGUUUAACGGAUAGCCAGCGGCUGGUGGUCUCAGCAGUGUCACCCUUCGUCGUCUCCACAUUUCCAUCUGUGAUACAAGAACUCCUUCUGAUACUUCCCACCCCGCAACCGCCUCCGCCUCCUCCAAAGCAGGACCAUGUUGCCUGCAACGACAUGGGAGCAAAUGCUGCAGAGGAGGCCUCCGAAGUCCCUGCAGAUUGUAGCCCUGUAGCCUGCCACGACAACGGAAAAGAUGCAGAAGUUGCAGCGGAAAGUCUUGAGGAAGUCCGUAGUUGUUCUGGUGCAGUUGCAUUGCCACCAGCUGAUGGUAGUGCUUGUGCAUCGUAG